AUGACAAGCCAUCAUCGUCGUUCAUACAAUGCUCAAACCAAACUAGCAACACCUAGUUUUGAAAUCAAACCAACAAUGGAUUUGUGUAAUCUUUAUAUAAAGGGAAUUCAACCUGGCACGACCAGUACUGAUUUAUUUAAUUUAUUCAAGCCAUUUGGACGCAUCAUUAGUGCCAAAGUCAUGCCACAAGAUAAGGGGAAACAAGGGUUUGGGUUUGUCAGUUACAGUAAAUCUGUGGAAGCAGCGCAUGCUAUUCUGUCCAUGAACCACACUGAUGAUAUGGUGGUGAGGUUUCAUGAGCCCAAAGUACCAAGAAAGGAGCAUAAUUUCGAUCAACAGUUGGCGUAUCUCAGUGAUUCUGAAUUGGCAAUGCAUUUCUACACUCGUCCUCUUCAUAAUAACGACAAGGUGAUGCCUCUGGCGACAACCAACAAGUCAGCCUACACGUCUACAGGCGUAGCAGCAGCAGCAGCAGCAGCAGCAGCGACAACAGCCAUUCCUUAUUACUACUAUCCUCAUCCAUCACUCUAUUACCAUCACCCGCCCAUGUAUGCUCAACAUGCUUCACCACAAUUACCAUUCACACAAGAUCAAUACAUUCAAAUGAAACUAUUGGACAUGCUGAACUAUAUCAAAAUAGACAUGUCGAAUCAAGAACGAGGCAUUGUGCAACAACAACUGACUCAACUUGACUUGAACGAACAAUACGCUUGUAUAAACAAUGUGCAGUAUUUUCAACAAAAGAUAUCCAACAUGUUGGCUGUAUAUAGUGAUUCCCACGGCGCAAAAUAA